AUGGCAGUAUCCUUAGCGACCUUUGGCAAAUGUAAGCCAGAAAUUCAGCUAGCGCAAGCCAUCUCCGAAUACGAAGCUGUUCUUUCCACCGAUGAAAAGACUUCGCUUCGCCAUCUCAAAGCUAGACACCAAGACCACUCUGCAGAUGCAAUCGAUGUAAUCCGCUUAACGGCGGAGAUAGACCAAAUCUCGCAAAUCGGUAGGAGGUGUGUUGGAACGCGCUUCGCUAAUGUACUCCAUGCCAUCCAAGCAUUCGCAGCUAUUGGCGACGUUGUCGUUGGGGGCACCCAGAAUAUGAUGGCGAGCGGGCUGUGGGCAUUAGUACGAUUUACUCUUCAGAUAGCAACAAACCAUUUCUCCUUCUUAGAAAAGUUCUCGGAGCUUUUCAUGAACAUCGGCCGUUCAGCACCCCGCUAUCAAAACCUAGGUUUGCUGUAUCCUCACUCCUCUACUCUGCAGCGCAGUAUUUGUGAAUACUUCACCAACCUUGUGCAACUAUGCACCAAAGCUGUGCAAAUUACGCGCAAAAGAGAUCUGAAUCCGUUAGGGAUCAAAAUAUUUCGAUCAUUCGAUUCUGAGUUUGGCGGAUUUCUUGUCAAGCUUGAGGCUCUUGGAAAUGAGAUUAAAGAAGAAGUCGCGUUCCUGUCUGCAAAGACUCAACAGGAUGAAGUUCGCCAGAACUAUUUAUUUCGUUCGCUUCUUUUGAAUAAGAUUGACAAGAGUGACAGAUCGCGACGCAACUUGGCUAUUAAAUUGGCUCUGCUUGACAGAUGCUCUAAAUAUGAUUACGGAUCGACCUGGCGACAGAUCAGAAAGAAUGGAAACUCAUCCUGGAUACGUCAAGCUCCUGAGUAUGUGGAAUGGAGAGGUGACUCAAAGGGAGGGACUGUCUUAACAUGUUUUGGCAAGCUGGGAUCUGGUAAAAGUGUACUCGCAGCAAAUAUAACAGAGGACUUGAUUACGCACGUCCCAAAGGGAACGACUGCUUAUUUCUUCUGCAGAUACGAUAUCGCCCAGUCUCUGAAGGCAAGGACUAUUAUCGGCUCUCUGAUCCGGCAGCUAGUAGAACCAGUUGACCCAGAGGAUGGAUUAGAUUCUAUGUCGCUAUGGACAGACGAAACUCAGACACAUUCCUUUGGUCUUGAUGAGCUUGUUCACUUAUUCCGGGAAUUUGAAUCGAAUGUACUGAAAAAUAGAAUCGUCUAUCUUAUCAUUGAUGGCCUUGACGAUUGCGAGCAGAGUGAGAUGAAAAUAUUGUUCGAGUUUCUCCAAACGCUUGCUGAAGGAAACUCGAUUAAAUUAUUCUUGACGACGCGAUCGGAGCUGGAGCCGACCGCGGCUUUUAUAAAUGAGUAUUUCCCUCAACAAUUCAAGCUUAACACAUCAUCUCUGACAGAUGAGAUCAACGAUUAUAUCCACAACAAGCUUGAUCAAUGUCUAAAAUCCUGUGCUCUUCGCCUAGCUAAUCCUGCAAUCAUCAUUGAAAUACAGGACACAUUGAAAGCGAAUGCUCGAGGAAUGUUCCUCUGGGUUGUACUUCAAAUUGACAGCUUAUGCGACGAAGAAUCAGACGACGCCAUUUUGACUGCCUUACGAGAUAUGCCACCAGACUUGCCAGCGGUGUACGAUCGUAUUCUACAAAAGAACUCGCGAUCAAAAUACAGAAACAAUAUUUUCCAACUAGUUUCCUCAGCAUAUCGGCCAUUGACUUUAUGGGAGCUUCGAGAAGCUCUCAGUGUGGUUCCCGGUGAGAAUACCAUGGACACAACCAAGUUUGUCAACGACAUACGGAAAACAGUAUCCUGCUGUGGCGGACUGCUGGAGCUGAACGAGGAAGCACUGACUGUACACUUUGUCCACCCGUCAGCGAAACAGCACCUUCUUUUCCCGGACGUGGAGAGUAGUGCUAGAAACAGUACUCCAAUCUGCUUCAGUAAACAAGAAGCAGACAUGCUCAUGGGCAAAAUUUGUGUGACAUACCUCAGUUGGAAUGUCUUUGAAACCCGGCUUGCAACGCUACCCACGCCAUGGCAAAUAAAUGGCUCCAGUACGGUAUCAGCCGCCAUGAAUUCGACUUCUCAAAAUGCUAGUGUCGCGAAGGUUGCCCGAGAAAUUCUUAGAAAGAGAAGGCAAUCAUCUUCAUCACGCUUUUCCUCCUUUGACCUCAAGCAUGCCUUGAUGAAUGUGCAAUCAGGAACGAGCAAUGAACGACCUCCCCAAGACUUCCUUUUCUUGCCGUAUGCAAAGAAGUAUUGGCUACAUCAUACCAAAUAUUUCACAGAAUCAAUGGGAAAGGUCUGGAUUUUAUGGAAAAACCUAAUUGAUAGUCCUCCAUCAAUCAUCGGCGACUUGCCGUGGAACAUUUCUCCUUGGCUCGAUCAUAGAGACCCUGUUCAGCGGAGGAUGGCAUGGGCUUCGAACUAUGUUCACCAUUCUCUACUCUUUCAAAUUGUACUCGAACAUAGAGAAGUAUUUUUGAAGGCAAUUGAAGCUAUUGACGAAGCGGCGCUGGAUUAUCAAUUGAAAGGAGACUGGGCCAAGGCGGCAGAGUUGCGCCAGAUGAUUGUCAUUCGUAUGGAACGAAUACGUACUCUAGUACGACUCGAUUUUAUGAGGGCUAUGUGGGAUCUGGCAUUGUCGUACCAAGCUUGCGAAGCCCAUGAGAAAGCCAAGGAGUUGCUGACAAAAUUCCUGCUUGGAUUGAAAGGGCCAGACAGACCUGUGGUUCAACAUAUAUUAGAUUCGUCAAUGGCAUUUCAGAGGGCACGAAAUAAUAUCCGCCACAGGGAGAUCGCUGAACAACUUUUGAAUAAAACACUUUCGUUCAGUCGGGAAUUCCUGGGCGAAAAUAAUUUUAACACGUUAAGCCUGUUGCAUGAUGUUGAGCAUUUUGGAGACCGGCGUGCUAAAAAUUUAGCACUUUAG